CGUGAGCUCGGAGAUCACAUCAGUCUGAUCUGACGUCUCUCUCUGAUAGCAUCAUGGCAGAAGUCGCUCCCGCUGCACCCGCCGCGCCGGUCGCCCCGGCCAAACCCGCCAAGAAGAAGGCCACCGGCGUGAAGCCGAAGAAGAAGGCCGGACCCGGCGCCGCCGAGCUGGUCCUGAAGGCGGUGUCCGCCUCCAAGGAACGCAAAGGGGUGUCCUACAUCCAUCUCAAGAGGUACUGCGCCAGCGAGGGCUACGAUGUGGAGCACAACGGGGCUCACCUCAAACGCGCCAUCAAGUCCAUGGUGGCCAGAGGACUCCUGACACAGACCAAAGGAACCGGAGCUUCUGGCUCCUUCAAGUGCGGCAAGCCAACCGAGAAGCCCAAGAAGAAGAAGGUGGCGCCUAAGAAAAGCCCCUCAACACCCAAGAAGAGCAAGCCGGCCGCCAAGAAAAGCUCCGCUGCUAAGAAACCAGCAGCCAAGAAGCCCAAAGAAACCCCGAAGAAGAAAGUAGCCAAGAAAACCACGACCAAGAAAUCAACCCCCAAGAAAGCCGAGAAGAAGCCGGCUGCAAAGAGCGCGAAGAAGCCUGUAGCAAAGAAAGCUACCAAGCCUGUGAAGGCCAAAAAACCAGCUCCCAAGAAGUCCACUCCCAAGAAAGCUGGAGGCAAGAAGCCUGCAGCGAAGAAAGCUCCAGCCAAGAAGUAAACGUUGAACUUACUUCGUCCAUCCAAAGGCUCUUUUAAGAGCCACCCACAUGUUCUGAGGAGCACAGAACCUGAUGACUGAACCUUCAUGUGCCUUCAUGGUCCUGUUGUAAAUAUUUAUUCACUCUUACUAGAAAUGAGAAGCUCAACCUCAACUGUUUUCUGUAAACAUAUUUUUUUUACAGCUGCAUAUAGUGCAGUUUCUAUUUUACUGUUGCAGCACUGACUGUUCCUGUUGUCAAUAUUUAUUUCCUGGUUUAAAACGUGGAGCCUGAACUCCUCACAGUAAAAUGACUUCAGUCUGUUUACAUUGUUUCAGAUUUCACUGCUGUCUGAAUACAUUUUUUUACAUUAAAAAAAUUAAAUUUACACAUAAAGAUUGCACUGAUUUUUCAAGUAAAUCUAUAAACAUAUUAAGUGUGUUCUGACUUUGUCCAUAUGUUUAUUGAACAAAUAUAAGCCUUACUAUUAGCUAAUAUACAGAAACAUUAGUUAUGUGUGUUAGAACAUUUAGAACCAUAGACAUGUUGUGUGUAUCCAUCAUGUCAUAUUUGUUCAUUUAAAAGGUUUUUUUUUUAAAUAAAUCUGUCUUUGCUCUAAUCUUUA